AUGGCUACAGCUGACAUGAAACCAAAAUCUAUACAUCAUGCCAAAACAUGGUCAGAAGAGGUAGAGAACUUAUACAGAUUUCAGCAAGCUGGAUACAGAGAUGAAGUGGAAUACAAACAAGUCAAACAAGUUGACACGGUAGAGUGUUGGCCAGAAACUGGAUUUGUUAAGAAACUUCAGAGAAGGGAUAACACAUUCUAUUAUUAUGAUAAACAAAGAGAAUGCGAAGACAAAGAAGUCCAUAAAGUGAAAGUUUAUGUCUAUUAG